AUGUUGGAACAAAGAGAGUAUGAUUUUGCCACAUUGAAGGACAAGCAUACUCUACUGGAGGUUCAGGUAUGGCUGCAUGGAGAUGGCAUGAAUGCGACCAAAGGAACCUAUAUGGCAAAGCUGGAAGAACUCAAAAGGUUUGGUGCCUCUAUGGAUGCGUGCUACAGAGAGCGCGAAGAAAUAUGUCCCACUCUGGAGCAACUAGUGUACCGCAUCCGCAGUUUCAGAGAAGCUGCACUGUCCAGUGACCCAAAGUUCAAUCACAACGACAUAUCAGAUAAACAACAGGUUCUCGGUGAGUGCUCGGCAGUGCAGAAUUGGUUGGUUGCUCUACUGAAUCCUGCUCUCCUUGUUUCUGACCUUAGGAAGAAGGCCGAAGCACUUGACCAAUUCUGCAAGCCGAUCAUGGCGAAUCCAACACUAGCACCGGAGCCACAGACCCCACCCCUGUCGGAAACCGCAGAAUCAAAGGGUCAAACACCAGAGGAACACCAUGGCGGUGCCACUGAAGCUAGCAAGCCGGCCAGUGAGGGAGGUGCACAGGAGCUGCCUGCAGCCGAGCAAAUGGGUACUGAAAAACCUGAUUGUUCUCCCAAUACUUCCUUGGCAUGCGCCUAUUGUUGUUCAAAGGAGGUUUUAUAUCCGUCAGUGACUGGAUUUCUCUGUGUUGGUACUUGGUAG